CGGGUGGGGGGUGAGACAUUUGGGGAGAGAGCGACGGAGAACGAGAGAAAAAGAGAUCCACGGAGAGACGAGACGGAGGGGAAAGGAAGACGAAGAGAGAAAGGGAGAAAGAGGGAGAGAGGAAGCGGUUAAGUCCGUAGGAGAAGGGACGUUGGAAAUGGCAGUGGAACGAGCGCGCGCGCUGGACUGUCUCGCUGCCGACUGAAGCACGAGACUCCCUGCUGGGUGGACAGACAGAGACGACCUUUCAUCUGUUUUUUCUGCAGGCCGACAACGCAGCUCACUUCUUUCAUGUUCAGAAAGAUGGCCCAUCUUCUUCGACUGUUCAACGCCUUCCUGCAGCAGCAACUCUCUGCCACCGUCUACAGCUUCCUCGUGAACAAUCACACUUUCCAGAAUUUCGCCGUUCACUCUUCGAGGAAGGCGGCGGAGUUGAAAGCGCAGGUGACUCGGAGUGUCGAAGACGCUGUGAAGCAAGCGGUAGCGGGCAACGCAAGACCCUCCUCUUCAUCCAACUCUUCUUUUUCUUCUCCGAGGGGCAGAAGAGAGGGAGAGGGAAGUGAGCCGGGGAAGUUGUUCUUGACCGACGGCAAGGCGGGAGAGGCUGCGUCUGCAAGAGGAUUUUUUUCGGACCUCAAAAAGCGAUUCUUUUCGUAGCCCACAGGCAAGGCGACCGUUUCUUGCCAG